AUGGCUGCUUCGACUGUCACAAGAACAUCAGUAAUAGAAAAUCCAGUAUGUGAUAACAGAUUUAGAAAAAAGUACGAACUAAGGCGCAGGUUAUGUGGCGAGAGCUUUAAUAAUAACACGAAAGAUUCGUGUGUUUACGACGAAACCCGUCCAAUGGAACCUAAGUUUUUAGCACCACUAAGAGAAUGGGAGAAAAAAAUGGGCUUUGUGACAGCCAUCCGAUGGACCAACACAAUAUCAAUAAUUUUCUAUCACAUAGUAACUGUCGUUUUUGGAAUUUAUUAUCUAACACUAGGCCUAAUACCGAAAUGGCAAACAUUUGUGUUUGGUUACGUUAUGGGUCAGAUAGCCGGUUUUGGAGUAACUGCAGGAGUACACCGCUACUGGACGCAUCGAUCAUAUAAAGCCACGCUACCACUUCGUAUAAUCCUCAUCAUCUGCUAUUCAGUUGCUGGUCAGAACAACAUAUACAAUUGGGUGCGCGACCAUAGGAUUCAUCAUAAAUUCUCUGAGACGUCAGCUGACCCUCAUGAUGCUCGCCGAGGCUUCUUCUUCUCCCACGUCGGUUGGCUAAUGAUGAAGAAACAUCCUGAUGUUAUCCGAGAAGGCAGGAAAACUGAUAUGAGCGAUAUCGCAAAUGAUCGUCUAAUACAAUUUCACACAAAAUACAUAAUGCCUGCGGAAAAUUGGGGCGUAUCCGUUGUAGCAAUGGGUGAAGGAUGGCACAACUAUCACCAUACCUUUCCAUGGGACUAUAAAGCAUCAGAGCUAGCGUACGUCAACAACAUCACCACGACCAUCUUGAAUCUGUAUGCCAAAAUAGGUUGGGCCUACGACAUGAAGCAAGCGUCACCCAGCCUUAUUAAAUCAGUUAUAGAGAAUAGGGGCACGAUCACACAUCAUCAUUAA